CAUGCGCACAGUCUGCCUUCGUUCAAAACACAAGCGCGAAAGCCAGACCAUGUUGGCAAUAAAUUCGAGUAGGAUUGACAAAUUCAUGGCCUUUUAAAAUAUCUUAUUCAUCCAGUUUCUUUGAUAACAUUUGGAUUCUUACACACUACAACAUCGGUUCUAUAUUUCACAGAGCUCUUUAACGGCGUCAUCAAGCUAGCAAGCCUCGUUCUGCUUGUUUAGCAAUAUGAAACCUGUACGGGGCUCUAACCGGGCUUCCUCACAGGCACCCAGCAGAAACAAAUCCCGGAAGAAAGCUCAAGUAAAGUCGAAUGAGGGCCAAGAGCAAAGUGACGAUUCUCCAAUCCACUCAAAACCUCCACAGAAGAGGAAAGCUGAAGGAGGUCAGCGUUCAGUCCCCAAGGAGGUGAAAGGUCAAGACAAGUGGAAGGUCCUCCCACCUUCAUCCAUUUGUGCCAUGGAGAACAUAAUGGACUUAUCAAUCCUAACAACCCUCACUAUGAAGCGAAAAGAUAAAGUGAGCCAGGAACAUCUGAACUUAUUAAAAAACAGGUUUUUAGCUCAUUGCACACAGCUUAAAGCUCCGGUGCAGAAACACGCACGUUUGGUUUACUCCUCUCAGCAACACCGGGAAGAGACCAGGAAGUUGGCCGCUGGAAAGUUGACUCUGAGAUCCCUGAAGGAGGACGUGAAGGCUGUUGUCAGAGUUCUGGAGAAUGUGGAGGAGCAGACGGCAUCUUUGGAGAAGACAUGCAGGCUGCUGAGAGACGAGCUGGAGGAGGAGGAAAAGAAAGCUGCACAGAUUUUAAAAAUAAGAGACCAAGCUGUUCUCAAGCUUCCCCCCGUCCCUCCUCACCAGGAUGACUCGACAUUAGAGACCCAUUUGAGAAAGAUCAUACCAGUCAGCCAACACAAGACCACUGCCAGGAGAUUGGGGAAAAUCUUGCAGAAACCAGAGGCCAGCGAGGAGGAGCAGGUGCUGCUUCGGCAGGCUCACAAACACGCUCAGCUGCUCUUCAAAACACUCCACAGCAAUGAACCUUGGUCAGAGGGAGGAAACGACGAUGCUUCUUUGGGCAGAUGUUGCGUUUUCUGUGGUGCACAUCUGUGUUAGCAUUAGUGGAUGGGGCACUUGGUUUGUCUGAAUGUGUGGUUUUUUUCUUCUCAUGCGUCUCAAAAUGUUCUUUAACACCUUAUUUUUUCUGAUUUCCUCUCAUCUUUUCUAACUCGUGUCAGUUAUCAACCCUACUGGGGAAGUGUUUACUGUUUAAUAAAAAGAAAGCCCUGACAAGA